UAUUUAGGGUUCUUCGCAGUUUCCUCCAAAUGAGCUCCUUUUCUCUGGCGCAGCACCGGCGGCUGCUCCUGCUGCUACUGCGGCCGCGAUCAGCGCGGGGUGUGAGCAGCUCCUGCGCUCGAUUGGCCGAUGACGAUGAAAAGAAGGUCUCGUCGAGGCUGUUCCAGCGGCAGCAAGUGAUGAAUGCGAGGGAAGAGGACGCGUUGGAAGAGGCUACGGGGCCACCUCCAAAGGUUACAAUGGAUCAUGUUACGAUGAGCUUCGCCAGGAGCAGCGGUGCUGGAGGCCAAAACGUGAACAAAGUGAACACCAAGGUGGACAUGCGUUUCAAGGUCAUGGCUGCUCAGUGGCUGCCCCUCAGAGCCAGGCUCAAGCUGCUUCAAACGGUCGGUCAUGUUUAGAAAGAAGAAAGGAACAGGAUCAACAAUGAGGGGGAGCUUGUUGUGACAUCGACAAAGAACAGGACGCAAAA